UUAAGCUUCACUGCGCAAGUCACGGUCUGCUCCGUCAGUAGACACAGAUCAAUGGACAGGCAUAGGGAUCACUCAGUCGUGACGUCUCCAUGGCAACCAGGUAAUCAUUCAUGACGCCUCCUUCGCCGCCAUCUUGAAUGGGAUUGCAUGGGGCUGGUACGUUUGACCGCCGGCUGGCACAAGCAACAGGCAUUCGGUGCGGUGGUGUAACCAGCGGUGCCAUCCUUCCCUGGUUACCCUACCUGUAAACGGCACACUUCGAAAGUGUUGAGAUUCUCUGCUCAGACGAAGGAGAGCUGGGCACGUGGAGAGCCUGGCGACAGCUCGGGGAAUCUCCCUGUGAAUCCUUGAACAGUUAACGAUCUUCGCAUGGAAUAACGCAUCUGAUCAAGCAAAAUGGAUAAGUUGGGCACUGAUUGGUUCAAGGAUUCCGGCAACAUCGAUGAGACAAGAGCUGAACUGGACAAGAUUGCAAAGAAGAAAGAUGACAAAGCACUUCGUGCCGUGGUGGACUUCCUGUGCGCAUGCCUGGAGUCGUCCACAACAAGACACUUCGAAGAAUUUAAGAGUGUUCUUCAAGACAACCUAGUCAAGUGGAAGGGUCAUGAUAAGGAAGUGGGUGAGGUGCUGGAUAAAUUCCAAGUCGUUCAAGAGAAGACAAAAGCUGAAGAUACGUGGUACAACUCUAAGUUGGAGGAUGCUGUUGAAAAGCUGCUGGAGUACACGAAACACUGUCAUAAGAAGAUCUGGCCCAACGCGGUAGAUCUACUAGUGUUUGCUCUGAACAAAGGCUCUGAAACACAUCUAUACAUCGCGAGUGGAGUCGUCAAGGCAGACGGCAUCCAAGACAGGUUAAAUAAGAUGAGUGAUACGGAGUGCACGAGGGUGAUGGGCGCCUUCUUUGAGCUGAUAAAAAGGGAGACAUUUGACCCCACCACGCACAGGGGCUGCGAUGUAACACGCUGGCUGUGUGGAAACCUGGCUGAGAGUGCAAAGACCACAGAGCAUGUGAAAACGCUAUCGGAAAUCGUCGACUUCUGCUCGGGGAAGGAACUGUUCGAGGAAGAUAACCCAACCGAGACCACUGCUUACGGGAUCGCCAUCAGGACCCUGCUGUCUGAGUUCCUCGGCAAGAACAUGAGCAAUGCCGAGCACCUGAAGCUGGUGACGCCGGGGUUCGUCCGCAUCCUGGCCGACGAGGAGGUGUCGGAGCAGAUGGAAAUGUCCUGCCUCGCCAGGCUCUUCACGCAGCAGGGGGAGGUCCUGGCUCCUCACGCCGAGCCGCUCCUGGACGCCUUCAUCAACUGCGAUGCUUUGGAAAUCGCUGACGUGCUGGCAGCCAUGUACAAGCACAACCCUGAGCCUAUCAGGGAACGUCUUUCUGAAAUAAUCGAGAAGAUGGACGACAUCAACCCUGACGUACACUACAGCUUCUACAAUCUUUUCCACGAGAUAUCAAAGGACAAGCCUCAGAUCCUCAUGCCAUAUGUACAAAAAGUGGAAGAGGGACUGGGCGACUUGUCUACCAUGUCACCCGCACUACAAACCAUGAAGGAGCUCUGCAAGUACGACACCAAGCCCUUCCUGGACAAGAUCGACACCUUAGAGAAGGCUUACAAGACUCAACCGUUGAUGUGUUACUUCAUCUACGAGGUUGAGUCUCUUAUAGGUUUAUACGAUGAGGAGUAUGCAGAGCGAGUUAUGGCCCUGUUGACAGACAAACUUAAGUCAGGCGACGUCACGUACCUCAGCUCUGUCCUGAUGUUCAUGAAGGCCGUGGGAGGCCGGUACAAGUCCGUGUUGGAGAAACGGAGGACAAACAUCAAGGCCCUGGUGAAGAGCAGCCAACCUGGAGUCGCUGACAUGGCGCAAGGCAUGCUGGACUACCUUGAUGAUAGAAGCCUGCAAAGUUUGGAUCAGGACAUCAAAGAGCAAAAAGAGGAUGUGGACAAGCUGGACCAACGAGUCACACAGACAGAGGGAAAGGUAGAGGACCUAGCGGAUGACGUGUCUGCCCAGCGGGAGCAGCUGGGGGAGGUGCAGGAGGACGUCCGGCAGCAGGGAGAGAAGCUGACGGAGCUGGAGUACGUGGUGGACGAGACGGUGGAGAAAGUGGAGGAGAUAGACCACAAGACCCUGAGCGCCGCCCCUGCGUGGUCCCGUGACGUGUCCCUGCUGAUGAAUGAGGAAGGGGACUAUGACUGGAGGUUCCUGGCGGUUCGGCUCGGGUACGGGCCCGAGGACAUCCGGGCCUGGGCUACCAACGCCGACCCCACCAUGGCCAUGCUCAACGAAUGGUACAACACCCACCGCAGCAGUGAGGCGACCUACGCCGUGCUGAAGUCCCUACAGGAGAUGGGCCGGACAGACGCCGCCGGAAUCAUCGAGACUGCUAUGGAGGAGGCGGGCGCAGCUGUACCCAAACCAGCGGCUGACGAGCCCACCAACCCCCCUCCCAUCUUCAUCAGCUACCAGUGGGACAUUCAGGACCAGGUCAAACUCAUCAAGGAACAUCUGCACAUGGCUGGGUACGACAGCUGGAUGGACAUCGGACAAAUGGGUGGUGGAGACCAGCUGUACGCGAAGAUAGACAAGGGCAUGCGGGGAGCCAAAGUCGUUCUGGCCAUGGUCACGCCCAAGUACGCAGAGUCCACCAACUGCAACCAUGAGAUCAACCUGGCGAACCUGCUGAACAAACCCAUCAUCCCCCUGCUGGUGGAGAACACACCCUGGCCGCCGCCUGGAUCCAUGAGCAUGAUCUUCUCACAGCUCCUGUACAUCAUGUUUCACGGCGCCAGUUCCGGUUCCGGUAAAUUCUGGCCUGACUCCAGUUUCUACGAGUUGUUGGGACAGCUGGCCUAUCAUGCCGCACCGGACCAGAGCCUCGUCACGGAUGAAUACAAGAAUUGGACACCAAGUGUUGAAAAAAAGGAGGAGAAAGAAAGCAAUCCGGACAAUGAGUCUGCAAAGAAGGAGACAAAAUCCAGUUCGGAAAUAAAAGAAAAGGAAGUAGAACCGGUGGUUAACCCGGAAGUGUUCCUGUCCUACCAGUGGGGUCACCAGCCGCAGGUGAAAGCCCUGUACAGCCAGCUGACGUCACAAGGGUUCACCUGUUGGAUGGACAUACAGCAGAUGGGAGGAGGGGACGCGCUGUACGGCAAGAUUGACAAGGGCAUCAGGAGCGCAAAGGUUGUUGUUUCCUGCGUGACUCCGAAGUACACGCUCUCCGCGAACUGCCGAAGGGAAGUCAGUCUGGCGGACGCACUGCGCAAGCCCAUCGUGCCUCUGCUGCUGCAGGACACGUCCUGGCCGCCAGAGGGACCCAUGAGCAUGGCCUUCACAGAACUGCUGUACAUUGACUGCAGGGAUGAACGUACUCAGAACCACUGGCAGGGAGCUAAAUAUGAAGAGUUAGUGCAGCAGGUAUCCGGAUACUCCACCCCAGCGCCUAGACCCGCGGAAGAAGGUACAAAAGAACCGGCAGAUGGCGCCAUCAAAGCAGGAGACAACAAAACACAGACCGUCCAGCAUACAGAUGCCACACCACGUGUGAAGCCAGCCCCCACCGGCAACAUGGAACCCGCGGAAAAUAACUCUGACAACCAGCCGACAAAGAAAAAGUCCAAAACGUGUUCUAUACUAUGAGGCGGAUGGAAGAUUUGUCUAAA